AUGCCAGAAAAGACCAUCAUCCCCGCGCGCACGGGUGCCGCAUUCAAAGUCCCCAGCGGCGCCACCAUGCGCAUCAGCACGCCCUCGGGCACGCAGGUCGUCGACCUCUUCGCCUUCGCCGCCGCCGCCCCGCGCGACGAGCACCUCUCCAUGGCGCACACGCGCGCGGCGCUCACGAGGCUCACGCCGCGCGUGGGCGACACGCUCACGAGCAGCCGCCGCGCGCGGAUGCUCACCGUCGUGGCCGACAGCACGCCCGGCGUGCACGACACGCUCAUCGCCGCGUGCGACGCGUACCGCUACCAGGAGCUGGGCGUGCAGGGCUGGCACGCGAGCUGCGCGGAGAAUUUGGAGAGGGCGCUGGAAGGGGUGGGGUUGAGCGUGCCGUUCACACCGGCGCCGUUUAAUCUGUUUAUGAAUAUACCGGUGAGGGAGGAUGGGACGCUGAGUUUUGAAGAGCCGGUGACGGGCCCUGGGGAGUAUAUCGAGAUGAGGGCGGAGAUGGACUUGAUUGUGGUGUGCAGUGCGUGCCCGCAGGAUAUUCUAAGCAUCAAUAAGAGGAAUCCUACAGAGGCGGUCUUUGAGGUCUUGUAA